AUGGACUAUGCAACUAUCACGAAAGUCAACAAUGGGGUUGCGCCCAUUUUUGUUCCCUCUAGGUCGAGAGAUCCGGAGAGGAGCCACCCGGACUACGGUUCGGGUGGCUUAAUGAAAACUUGGGCCCAAUCCUUUUCAGAUAUCAAGACAACAAUCACCAUCGACCAGUCUGAUGAAAUAGCUCCUGAGCUCUUCGACUCGCCUACAGUAAUUCAAGUCACCAUCCAAUCAACCAACCACCAGAGCAUUCCUGGUCACCUCUUGCGCAAUAUCAUUAGCCCUCACCAGAUCCUUCUGCUCAACUAUGGACGAGGGGAUACCUGGUACUUCUCGUCCAACGAGUUUGAUGUAGCGGGUCUGGACGGCACCACCAAAACACACGGCCCAUACACUUUGAAAUUCGACAGAUACCACAAGGACAAAAUCAUCGGAACCCUUAGAUGGGUCCCGCCAGCCCUGAGCAACGAAACACUGAUUAAGGCACUGCAAACAGUCAGCAAAUCUACACCUACAAUAACCAAAAUCCCGCACACAAACAAUCGCAGAUUCACCAUCCAGAACGACAAUCCACAACACAUCCCACACUACAUCCAAAUUACAUACAAAGACACAACACGUAAUAUCCUCAUCGCACUGCCAGGAAGACGCCAAGCCUGUCAGGUGUGCGGCUCGGACAGACACUGGACCAACCACUGCCAAUCAUCAAAACCAGAGUCAACAAGCAAUGUUCACCUGUCAACAAUACAGGAAUCAACUCAACAACCAUCCUCACAGACAAUUUUAACAGAACCACCUAGAGCACCACCCACACCGCAGCAAACAUUGACACAAGAUGGGCCAACUGAAGAAGAUGAGCCAACUGAAGAAGAUGUGCCAACUGAAGAAGAUGGGCAAACUAAAGAUGGGCCAACUGAAGAAGAUGGGCCAACUGAAGAAGAUGGGCAAACUGAAGAUGUGCCAACUGAAGAAGAUGGGCCAACUGAAGAUGGGCCAACUGAAGAAGAUGGGACAACUGAAGAUGGGCCAAAUGAAGGUGGGCCAACUAAAGAAGAUGGGCAAACUGAAGAUGGGCCAACUGAAGAAGAUGGGCAAACUGAAGAUGGGCCAACUGAAGAUGGGCCAACUGAAGAAGAUGGGCCAACUGAAGAUGAGCCAACUGAAUAUGGGCCAACUGAAGAAGAUGGGCCAACUGAAGAAAAUGGGCAAACUGAAGAUGGGCCAACUGAAGAAAAUGGGCAAACUGAAGAUGGGCCAACUGAAGAAGAUGUGCAAACUGAAGAUGGGCCAACUGAAGAUGGGCCAACUGAAGAAGAUGGGCCUACUGAAGAUGGGCCAACUGAAGAUGGGCCAACUGAAGAAGAUGGGCCAACUGAAGAAGAUGGACCAACUGAAGAAGAUGGGCCAACUGAAGAUGGGCCAACUGAAGAAGAUGGGCCAACUAAAGAAGAUGGGCAAACUAAAGAAGAUGGGCCAACUAAAGAAGAUGGGCCAACUGAAGAAGAUGGGCCAACUGAAGAAGAUGGGCAAACUGAAGAUGGGCCAACUGAAGAAGAUGUGCAAACUGAAGAUGGGCCAACUGAAGAUGGGCCAACUGAAGAAGAUGGGCCUACUGAAGAUGGGCCAACUGAAGAUGGGCCAACUGAAGAAGAUGGGCCAACUGAAGAAGAUGGGCCAACUGAAGAAGAUGGGCCAACUGAAGAUGGGCCAACUGAAGAAGAUGGGCCAACUAAAGAAGAUGGGCAAACUAAAGAAGAUGGGCCAACUAAAGAAGAUGGGCCAACUGAAGAAGAUGGGCCAACUGAAGAAGAUGGGCAAACUAAAGAAGAUGGGCCAACUAAAGAAGAUGGGCCAACUGAAGAAGAUGGGCCAACUGAAGAUUGGCCAACUGAAGAAGAUGGGCAAAUUAAAGAAGAUGGGCAAACUAAAGAAGAUGGGCCAACUGAAGAAGAUGGGCAAAUUAAAGAAGAUGGGCCAACUGAAGAAGAUGUGCCAACUGAAAAAGAUGGGCCAACUGAAGAAGAUGGGCAAACUAAAGAAGAUGGGCCAACUGAAGAUGGGCCACUUGAAGAAGAUGGGCCAACUGAAGAAGAUGGGUAA